AUGUCCCAACAAGAAGACAGAGUAAAAGAAUCGGGCAACCAAAUGCUUUUGGAUAUUGAGAGUCGCAUCGCCAAAGGAGUCAAUGAGGCUCGUGAAGAUCUCAAGGCAGUUACCAAGCAUGAAAAGAGAGUGAUGGAGCUCCACCAGAACGAGAAUGAAGACAAAACAGCACUGCUCAACGAGAUAAGCCGACAGAAAACCAUGAUCGAGGCAUUACAACGAACCUUCGAAGAAGAACUCAAAGCAACUGUUUCUGAACGUACCAAACAGAAUAUCCGCGACAUCAAGACUGCAGACAACAGUAUGGGUUUGACGGGCUUUAUCAACACAGACAAGGAAGAGGCCAAAGUUGACCAGAAUAUUUCCCAGAUAUACACAGAUGGAGACAGCGUUUCUGUAACUGGGAUGGCAAAGAACAUUGAUAUUGUUGCUAUGUUAUCGCUGAUGAAGUCGUCGAAGAAGUAG